AUGGUCGCCAUCACCCUGGACAUUGUCUACCAGGGCAAGGGCGUCCGCAAGACGAUGAAGUUCGAGCCCAGUAACUUGGUACAGGAUGUGAUUCGGAUUGCCAAAGACAAGGUUGGGGCUUCUGGUGCAGGUAAGGGUUUUGAGAGGGUUGGUAGGGCGAUAGGUGGGGGUUUUUGAGAAUUUAGAAUUUUUUUUCAAAAAAUUUUGAUUUGGCCAGCUUUUUAAAAGAUAAUGCAUUAGUUUGGGCAUUUUUGAUUUUGUAAAGAAAGUUAUUGCAUUUUUUGUUUAGUAAAGAAAUUUUUUACCAUUUUCUAUUUUGUAAAGAAAGUUCUUGCGAUUUUAAAUUUUGUAAAAAAAGUUCUUGCGAUUUUUAUCUUAUAAACAAAGUUUCGGCAGUUUUUAAAAAUGGUAAAAUAUGACGCGGCCUCUAUCUACGGCAGUAAAAUUAUAAUUUUUUUAUUAAAACGCGAACAUCAGUUUAUGUCGCUAUGUCUAUACAAUUAACAGGGGGGACUAGUUCACAUUUUGAAAAAAUUUUUUUUGGCUGGGAGGGGGGAGGGAGUAUAAAAGUAGGAUAAAAAUAUUUUGGAAGUUGUAAGAUAUGCUGAUAAUAAUAAUUUUUAAAAAUAAAAAAAAAUUUUCAGCUCACGACUACGGACUGAUCAGACUUGAUGAAGACCCAUCAAAAUCAUAUUGGCUUGAAGGCAGUAAACCAUUGGACUACUACUUACUCAGAAAUAAUGUAAAUUUGCAUUUCUAUGGAUUUUGGGUAGGGUAG